AUGGCUAUCCACGUGCUCCUAGCUUCAAGUGCCUUGAAGACAGUCAGUGUCACGGGACUAUGGCUCAUACCCUUACUCUUGGGGGCAUUCACGUAUAACAAUUACAACUCCUACGAUCCUGAAGCCAAGGUGCAGGAAACGGACCCAAAGAAAGAGUAUGAUUUCGUCAUUGUUGGAGGCGGGUCAGCUGGUGCUGUGGUGGCAAACCGGUUGACUGAAAUCGCAAGCUGGAAUGUUCUACUAUUAGAAACUGGACCAGAUGAGAACGAGAUAACUGACGUGCCGUCUCUUGCUGGCUACCUCCAGCUGACGAAGGUUGACUGGCAGUACAAGACAGAGCCAACAAACUAUGCUUGUCUUGGAUUUAAGAACCAAAGGUGCAGUUGGCCCCGUGGCAAGGUCUUGGGUGGUUCCAGCGUUCUAAAUUACAUGAUCUACGUUAGAGGCAAUCGGAACGAUUUUGAUCAAUGGGAAUCGUUUGGGAAUCCAGGCUGGUCUUAUGAAAACGUUCUUCCCUAUUUUAUCAAAUCUGAAGACAAUAGGAACCCUUAUUUAGCAAAUAAUAAAUAUCACGGGGUUGGUGGAUAUCUUACCGUUCAAGAAGCACCCUGGAGGACCCCUCUUGCAGCCGCUUUUGUCGAAGGAGGUGUUGAAAUAGGAUAUGAAAAUCGUGACAUUAAUGGAGAAAUACAAACUGGUUUCAUGUUAGCUCAAGGAACAAUAAGACGUGGAUCUAGAUGUAGCACAGCAAAAGCAUAUCUGAGACCAGUCAGAACGAGACCCAAUCUCGACAUCUCCUUAAAUACAAUGGCUACGCGAGUCUUAAUUAAUCCUAUAACCUUGAAAGCCUAUGGCGUCGAAUACAUCAAAAAUGGUAUGAAACAUGUCGUCUAUGCAAGGAAAGAAGUCAUAGUAUCAGCGGGCAGUAUCAAUACACCACAACUACUCAUGUUAUCUGGCAUCGGACCCGCACAUCACUUGCGGCACGUGGGUAUUCCAGUAUUAAAAGAUUUACCAGUUGGCGAAAACCUUCACGAUCAUGUGGGCGUUGGUGGAGUAACUUUUUUAGUCGAUAAACCUGUAUCAAUCAUUCAAAACCGCUUCCAGGCAUUUCCAGUUACAAUGAAUUACGUGGUGAAUGAAAGGGGACCAAUGACCGUACUCGGGGGUUUAGAAGGUAUUGCUUUUGUCAAUACAAAAUACGCCAACAAAUCUGGUUUAUGGCCCGACAUACAAUUCCAUAUGGCACCGGCUAGCUUCGCUUCAGAUAAUGGUCAAACUAUACGAAAGAUUCUAGGUUUAACCGAUGAGUUGUACAACACAGUAUUUAAGCCUAUUGAAAAUGUUGACGCUUGGACGAUCAUGCCGCUAUUGCUACAUCCAAAAACUCGAGGAUACGUGCGACUGAAAAGUUCAAACCCCUUCGAACACCCAAUAGUCAAUCCAAGAUACCAUGAGAACCAAUACGAUGUAGAUAGGCUUGUCGAAGGAGUAAAGAUAGCUUUGCAAGUAGCAAACGGUAAAGCGUUUAAACAAUUUGGAUCGAGAUUGCAUACAAUUCCUGUCCCAAAUUGUAAACAUUUUAUAUUUAUGUCAGACAAAUACAUUGAUUGCUUAGCCAGAACAAUUAGUAUGACAAUUUACCAUCCCGUAGGAACAGCAAAGAUGGGACCUUCUUGGGAUCCUGGUGCAGUUGUAGAUCCCCGAUUAAGGAUGCAUGGAAUAGAGAGUCUCAGGGUAAUAGAUGCUAGUGUAAUGCCAACUAUUGUUAGUGGAAAUACGAAUGCUGCAGUAGUCAUGAUCGCAGAAAAGGGUUCCGAUAUGAUUAAACAGGAUUGGUUAAAUCGGUGA